CCGAGAUCGUGGUGCGUUGUCACCAGAUUAGUUCGCGAAACCAGUUCGGUAGGAGAGAGAGAUGGCGAAACGUUACUGCAUUAUUGGUGCCGGCGCAUCGGGUGUGUGCGCGGCCAAGACGGUUCUAGAAGCCGGCGGUCAGGUGACGGUUUACGAGAGAACGGACGAAAUCGGUGGCACCUGGGUGUAUACCGACGAGGUCGGUACCGAUCGAUAUGGGUUACCGGUUCACACCAGCAUGUACCAGGGUUUGAAAACGAAUCUUCCCAAGGAAAUAAUGGGCUUCCCGGGGUACGAAAUGGCACCGCAGGAUGCGUCGUAUGUUCGGGCGGAUGAAGUGCUCGGCUUCAUUCGGGACUAUUCCAAUCAUUACGGUGUCACGGAGCUGAUUCGAUUUGGGCAUUUGGUUGAAGAGGUGAAACCAGAUCCAUCGUCUGACGAAGGUCGUUGGAGCGUGAAAGUACGGAACCUUCAAGAAGCGUCCAGUCGAGAGGAGUAUUUUGAUUUUGUGCUCGUCUGCAAUGGACAUUAUCACACACCAUACGUACCAUCCUACCCAGGACGGGAAGAAUUUCUGGGUCACCAGUUGCAUAGCCACGACUUUCGCAAUCCGGAUGUAUUCAAGGAUCAUACCGUACUGGUCAUUGGUGCCGGUCCAAGCGGAACGGAUCUUACCUUGGAAGCAGCGCGGCUAGCGAAAACGGUUUACUUCAGCCACCACGUUCCGGAUAAGCUGAAACAUCUCGUGUUCCCAUCGAACGUCGUUCAGGUACCGGAUGUGGUACGAAUCGGUGCGCAAUCGGUCGAGUUUGCCAACGGAGCAAGCUAUUCGGUAACACUCAUCUUCUACUGUACUGGCUAUCGGUACAGUUUUCCCUUUCUGCAUGAGGAAUGUGGAGUGCAGGUGGAUAAAAACUGGGUAAAGCCGCUAUAUAAGCACGUCCUGAAUAUUGCACAUCCGACGAUGGCAUUUAUUGGGCUACCGUUUUACGUGUGUGCCACGCUGAUGUUCGAGCUGCAAGCACGCUUCUGUGUGGCGUUCUACAGUGGACGGUUGCCGAUGCCCACGCGCGAGGAAAUGGAACGAGACCAUGAGCGUGAAAUGACGGAACGGUGGAACCGUGGUGUUAAGAAACGGCAAGCACACAUGAUGGGACCGGAUUAUCAGAGAGAGUACUACCGUUCGCUGGCCGAUCGAGCUCAACUAGUUUCCAUUCCGGAUGUUAUGGCGAAAAUUCACAUUGACAGUGGUCGCCGCAAGAAGGAAGAUCUGGAACACUACCGGGACGACGUGUAUCGCAUAGUAGAUGCCGACACCUUUGUCAAGUGUCACAUAUCAGAAUUGAAAUCUCUCGAGAAAGAGCUAGGGGAUAGACUUAAGUUAUGCUAGAAUGGUUUACAAACAAAGGGUUUGUUUGGCCUGAAUUUUAUUUCUUAACUUCAUAAUAUGAUUGGUGAAAAAUUCCUUGGACGAUCAAAUAAUAAAUGGCAAAGGGUUUCAUUUAUAUUCAAAACACCAAAAAUAAAAUUUCAAGAAAACGUUGAAAGGAGUGCAAACGAAAUUA